AUGUCGCGCGGUGGCACCACCCUGUACGUGACUGGCUUCAGCCACGGCACUCGCGCCCGAGACCUCGCCUACGAAUUCGAACGCUAUGGACACCUUGUCCGAUGCGACAUCCCCGCUCCUCGCUCGGCAUCCAGCAGACUGUUUGCCUUUGUCGAGUACGAGGAUCGUCGCGAUGCUGACGAUGCUUACCAUGAGAUGCAUAACAAGCGCAUUGGACGUGACGACAUCUUGAAGAUCGAGUGGGCUCGCACCCCUCCUUCCGCCUCAUGGCGCUUCGACUCUGGUCGUGAUCGUGAGCGCGCUCCGCGCCGCUCUUCUCCCCGUCGCGGCCGCUCGCCCUCCCCUCGCCGCAGCACUCGCGACUACUCCCCCAGAAAGGACGAUCGCCGGGACCGCGACCGCGACUAUGACCGCGGCGACCGACGCGAUACCCGCGACCGUUCCCGCAGCCCUGACCGACGUGAUCGAGACGCCAAGGAUGACCGCGACGACCGGGAACCUCGUGAGAACGGUACCAACGGUGACGAUAGAAAGGCACUGGACAGCCCUCCCCCUGCCCAUGACGACCUGGACGUUGCUGCGGAGUGA